AUGUAUUUUAUCUCCUUGCUAUCCGUCUUGAUAACCGCCUCGCUGCUCGCCACUGCUUCCGCAACGCCAGUGGUCAGGAAAUCGCUCAAUCCCAACUUCCUCAGGACCAGAUCACCUCUUAGCAAUGCAGCUUUCUCAGAAGACUGGCCUACCAAUGUUGUCAUGGUCGGAGGAUCCCAGACGUAUGGUUUCUGGGUUCCCACCGACGGGACUUGGUAUGAACUGGGGAACAUCGAAUGUCUCGGCUUGCCUGCAUAUGCCAUUGGCGACUGCAACGACGUAACCAUCGACCAGAUUGGCGUAGUGGCGGGAUAUGGCCCCUGCAGCUUCGUUGGCAACAAUGGCUAUUCAUCCACACUUGACGGUGAUGCCGGCGAUGGCUACUAUACCGUUGGUCCUCCCCAAAACAUCAUGGCCGCAGCGUGUGGCCCUUCAUCAUGA